AUGGGUGGGUUCUCAUAUGCUGUUCAGGCAACUGAGUACUUGAAUCGAAUUUCCACCUGCUUUCUCUAUCCCGAGGUCGAUUUCGAUGAUCAACAGCAGGUCAUAGCUUGGUUGACCCGGUUCAAAGAACUGGACCUUCAACUCGUCCACUGGAAGAUGUUUCUACCAAAGAAAUGGAGAGAUCCGAACCGAGCUCCAGAUACGUCCACAGGCCCUCAUGACCUGGAUCAUAGUAUGACUCUUGCACAUGUUACGCACAAUACCUCUAUGAUCCUUCUACAUCAUCGCAUCGCCUAUCCUCCAAGUAGACAGCGCCAGGUAGUUCCGCUGCCGAGUUCAUGCAGUGCCGAGACCUGUCGACUAGCGGCCACCAAAACAAGCAACAUUUCCGAGACAUGGCUCAGAGUGUGUCCUGAGAAGAUCGUCGUCGCAUCGCAGAUAGCGUUCUGUACGUUCAUUAGCGCUAGGCUCUUACUGGUUCACUCUCGUCAUUAUAGCGAAGCUCUGAUGCCCGAAUUCUGGGUGCUUGUCCGUAGCCUUGAGAACAUGUCCAGACGCUGGGCGGGUGUGACUCGUGGUGACUCGGGCCCUUUUCUCAACCUGGCUGGGAAAUACGCAUUGCAUCUCAAAAAAACAUACGAGAUAUGUCAACAAGAUGUGACAUAUAAUCCUACAGUACUCGACUACGCCGAGAACAUAGAACAGGCGAUGAGUUAUCACGACCUCGAUCAGUCUCGGUCUCAAUAUCCACGGACAGGAUAUGACAGCGAUGACCCAAGAGCUAUGCCAACUUCUAUUUCCGGUCAGAAGCUAGGAUCAAUACCUUCUCAUCCUAUGGCUCCCCAAGAACAUGUCCCACCCGCGCGUCUACAGAACAUCUCAACGGGAACCAGCCCACCAGGUAGGGUAACAGGUACGGUUGAUCAGCCAGAACACGCCGACAAUAUGUCGUUCACCGCGGCAAAUCCAGACGUUCAGGAGCUACCAGAAGACUUGCUGGCCAUAUCGCAAGCUCUGAUGGACCAGAGGUUCGCCGAGAUGGAUCGCAUCAUUACUUUGGAUGACUCCUGGUUUGAAGCCACCGCGGGGGCAGCAGAUGUAUCUUCACUGCAUGUUCCUGGGUGGAACACUGCAGAAAUGAGGUUCACGGACUUGCAGGGCGAUAGAAGUAGUGAUACAGGCAGAGACUGGCAAGGGAUGCAGUAG